AUGGGGAAUUUCAUAAAAGAACACUCCUCGGGGGUUGAUUUAGGAUUUCUUCUAAAGGAGCGAAGUAUAACUAGGUCACAAUAUAAGAAGUCCACCCCCAUUGUCGGCUUUGGUCUGACCUGGAGAGGAUGGCAUGGCACAGAGCACACCCUAACUUGAAAAACCUCAAACAAUCUUUGGUCCGAGCAGUUGAGCGCUUUCCUCAAGAAGUGCGGCGUGCUGCUAUUGAUGACUGGCCACGGAGAUAAAAUGACUGUGUCAAGGCAAAAAGGGGGACAUUUGAGUAAUUCCGUUUUUGUCUUACUUUUUAUAAAUAUACAUUUUAUGUUUUAA